AUGCAGUCAUCGGAGCGGUCGCACCGCACGGGGGAGCACGGCCGCGUUUGCACGCGCGCCCGGGCCCGGGAGAGCAGAGCGGAGUGGAGCCGCAGGGAGCGCGCCCCGCCUUGGCCUUGCACCGCGCGCGGCGUGCCUGGGCUGGCAUGCAGCGCGACCCCGCCGGCGCUCCUCCGCCACAGAAGCUCGUUUGCUCUCACUGCUGGAGCUGCUCUUACCGAGAUCCUUGCGUGGCUGCCUGUCAGAUCCCUCCUGCGUUGCAAGUCCGUCUGCAAGGCCUGGCGAGACAUCAUCUCCGAUCCCAUCUUCAUCCGGGAGCACUUUCGCCACUCUGAAUUUGAUUACGACUUCAACCAGUGCUUCUCUUACUGUGACGGCCUGGUGUUUGCUCCCACCGGCAGCUGGCUCUAUGUCUUCAACCCGGCCACCAAGGAGGUCCUCAGGCUGCCAGACAGCGGCCGGAACAAUCUGCUCCCAGGCCGACGGACCACCUUCUGCUAUUGUAGCGGCCUCGGCCUCGAUCGGCGCACUGGCAAGUACAAGGUUGUCCAGGCCUUCUACCGGUCAAGGGAUCACACAAGCAUGGGGAUGGACGUAUUCACCAUUGCAACUUUGCAAGCAAAGAUGGAGCCAUUUGGAGGGAGAUUGCGAGUGAUCCUCCUUACCCUGCUCAGAGAUCUUUUACCGGCCUGA